AUGGAGCCAUAUGGCGAUGUUGUCAUGCCUUAUGAACUCAUGACCCCAGCAUACAGUGGUACCUCGCCAGAUCAACGGCUAAAGAACCUACGAAAUCUUCAGGAGUGGCUUCAAAGUCCAGAGCAAGCUGGAGGCGUCCAUGAUAAUCUGUCAGUGAUCGUGGGACACCUGUUGCAGAGCAUCGAGGGAAGUCAGUCUCAUUUCCUACAAUUCGACGCGCCCCUGAGCCUGCUGCUUCGUGCUUGCCAGUUCAACCGAACCAGAAGUAGUGCUGCUGAGCGGAUCAAGCAGCUCUAUGUCGCACAGUCGAAUCUAAGCAAUCUUCCACAGCCUCUCUCCGAGGACCUACCGGUGCCAGCAAUUGUCAGGCAUGCCGGCAAGGGCGACAUUUAUGACUCCAGUGUCUGGCUUGGGCUUCAGCCUACCUACACUCCAUUACACCGCGAUCCGAACCCAAACUUGUUCUGUCAGAUGGUUGGAUCCAAGACAGUUCGCCUCAUGCGCCCACAGUCCGGUGCGGCCUUGUAUGCCUGCGUUCGCAGACAGCUUGGGUCCAUGGGCAGUUCCCGCUUCAGGGGCUCGGAGAUGAUGGACGGUCCUGAGCGUGAGCUGCUGCAUCGUGCUGUCUGGGCGAACGCAGAGGGCUCGAAUGACGUCAAGCAAGCACGCCUUGGCCCAGGAGAUGCGCUGUUCAUUCCCAAGGGCUGGUGGCAUAGUGUUGCCAGCACGGGCCACGAAGCAGAACUCAAUGCUUCAGUCAAUUGGUGGUUUAGGUGA